GUACCCAAUACAACGCUGGUGGUUCAGUUCCGUCAGGGAGAGCCACUGAGCCAGUCAACGAACAAAGAUAUGGGUGAGAGAGUAGUGGAGUGGUCCGAUCUUCCGAAGGAUCUGUUGCCAAUGAUCGGCAAAAGCCUCGACGCCCGCGUCGAUGUUCUCCGAUUUCGCGGCGUCUGUACCUCCUGGCGUUCCUCUAUCCCUCCCUUUCACGCUCACUCUUCUCGUUUCCCUCUCAAAUUCCCUGAACCCCGCAGUGCGCUGGAAUCGGCGUCAAUGUCACGACAGCCAGUUUAUCUCUGCGAAAGCACUCUCUAUCUUCUUCAACCGGUAAAUCCUUUUCCAACUUCAACUUCUUCUUGUAAUAAGGGUUGGUUGAUCAAGGUCCAAGAGUCAAAUUCAGGCAAAUUGCGUCUUUUAGAUCCACUCCCCAACCACAAAUACAGGUGCUCCCCUGUUACCCCAAAUACUUUGAACUUAUUGAAAUUCCGGGUCGUGGAAUUAAGAAAAUCCCAUAUGCUUAGAUUUGAUGUCGCCACUCCACCCAGAUCAGAAACUGAAAGAGAUCGUGACCUCAGUUACCGUUGUAACCGCUCUAUUCCUUGGGUGAACAAAGUAGUGAUGUUGCCUAGUUCAGCUUGGACUGACGAAGACGAGUCUGCGGUUUUCGUGAUAUUUAAUUGGGGGAAAUUGGCUUUCGCGAAAUGUGGGGAUGAGAAGUGGACCCUCGUAGGGGAUCAGAGCCUUGAAUACGAUGAUAUUAUUGUUUACAAGGGUCAGUUCUAUGUUGUUGAUCAUAGAUUGGGAAAUGUUUGGUGGAUCAACUGUUCAUCCUUGACGUUGGUUAAGUUUUCCCCUCCGGUAUGUGGUUUGGGUAACCAGAAGCAUCUGGUGGAGUCGUGUGGAGCUCUUUAUGUUGUUGAUCGAUACUUUGACGGGGAACGGAGGAGGAUGGAGAACAACUUUCGGCGCCGUAAUCUUCCCAAGACAGUUGGUUUCAAAGUGUACAAGCUGGAUGAAGAGGGUGGUGGAUGGGUUUUGUUGAAAAGCUUGGGUGAUCGAGCAUUUGUUUUGGGUGCUGAUUGUUGUUUCUCUGUUUCGGCUAAAGAAUUUGUGGGAUGUAAAGGGAAUUGCAUUUACUUCAUUGAUCAACAUGAAAGUCAUAUUUUUAGUUUAGAGGAUGACAGCAUUGCCGAUUUACCAUUUUUCACGGAUGAUUCUCGUCCCUUCUGGGAAGCCCCAACUUGGCUUAGCUCUGCUAAUCCAUGAAUGUUGUCAAAAUGAAGUCGGUGAAUUGUCGGUUAACCGAACCGAACCGAUACCCACCCCUACUUGAGCCCCUUACGUUGCUUCCCCUCUCACAGUUGUUGUGCCAUUGUCAGGUCAUGGAAUUUGUUGCUUCUUUUCGCUAUUCAAAUAAUUGAUUUUUUUUUUUUUUUUUCUUUUGAUUGUGGAUGCGUAUGAGCGGAUGGAACCCAAAA